AUGAUCGGUGUGGGGAAGGCGAAGCAGUACGCCAACGUACUUGACAAGCCCCUCAGCCGUGGCAGGCAGGAGGUCAGUUUGAGUGCAUUUGCAUUCUUGUUCUCUGAGUUGGUUCAGUACAACCAGACUCAAGUUGACAACAUUACUGAGCUGGAACGGAGGCUGGAGGAUGCUGGUUAUGCGGUUGGUGCAAGGGUGCUUGAACUACUCUGUCACAGGGAGAAGGGAAAUAGACGAGAGACACGACUUCUGGGUAUUUUAUCAUUCAUCCACAGUACUGUUUGGAAAGUGUUGUUUGGAAAGGUGGCUGACUCACUUGAGAAGGGAACAGAACAUGAGGAUGAAUACAUGAUCAGUGAAAAGGAGCUUCUUGUUAACCGUUUCAUUUCCGUGCCAAAAGACAUGGGAGCAUUCAACUGUGGAGCUUUUGUUGCGGGAAUUGUAAAGGGUGUAUUAGAUAAUGCUGGCUUUCCUGCCGUAGUUACUGCACAUUUUGUGCCAAUUGAAGGUCAGCAAAGGCCAAGGACGACAAUCCUGAUAAAGUUUGCUGAAGAGGUUUUACACAGAGAAGCAAGACUGGGCUGA